AUGUCUCAUAUACCUCCUCGCGAGGAUUUCCUUUCCUCCUUCUUCACUGGAGCCAGCUCGGUACCCCACGACGCUGCGAACGCCGAUUCACAUACGUCUUCAGAAACGCAAGGUUCAAACCCACCUGAAGAUGAAGUGAAUAAAACGGUUUCCGUACGCUCCAGCUCGGAUCUUUCAGAUCCUCCCGCAACCCCCCCUGCUAAAACCAAGUCUGCUCCGGUUCCUUCCGGACGAAGCACUCGGUCUACGACAGCCAAGAUUGCCAAAAAAGGCCUCAAAGUCGUCGAUACCCUAUCGCCUACUCCUGCUGGCAAGAAUAACACGGCACGUGCAGCCGCGUCGUCUUCAAGCAAGGGUGGCAAUUCUAAUGCGUUGAAUUCGUUUUUUCAAACUGACACGCGCGGCAAAGUUCUGGUAACCUCUGCAGUUUCGAGUCAACCCUCUCCUUCUAUACCCCGUACCUCUUCACAGCAUACCUUUGCACUUGGAGAUCAAUUACCAGACACUCAGUCGCAUCUGAUCGUCCAACCGGCUGCCGCUAGUACUCCGCACUUGUCCAAUAUGCCGCCUCUAUCUACCUCUCUCCCAGUCACUUUUGUCCCGCCGUCUACUACUAGUACCACUGCCUCUGGAGGCGCUUCUGGAACACCAAGUAUGGCGGCGGCCCCUCUGAAUUUUAAUUUGUUAGAAUCUACUUUCCCCGGAAUCACCGAAUAUCUCGCCCGUAUGCAUGGGUCUUUUCCCAUGCCCUCGGUACUUGAUUCCACUCUAACGGCUAGCGUUGUCGACCACGCUGCAGCUGGGUCGUCGGCACUUACGAUGUCUCCCCUCGGUCCCAGAGUUGCGGAAGCUAGUCAAUCUCUUGUUCUGAACAGUGUGGAUAAAGGCAAGCGCAAGCGCGUUCCCUCCGAUGAUUUGGCUGACGACGAUAACUCUUCAACGCCUCCUCCGCCGUUUAAGACUAUGGAUACCAGAGACUCUCCACCCCCUCCUUCCAAAUAUAUUGAUAAUGUUUCCUUUUCAACACUGCCUUUGCCGGUUUUGCCGAUUAACUGCGAGGUUACGCCAAAUUUCAUCAAAUACAUUCCAGCAUCUCAACUCGCUGUAUUCCAAGCGCUCCCGCCAUUGGUGCAGGGCACGUGGCGGUCUUGGAGUAAAGAAAAAGCGGUUAAUUACACCUACGAACAACUUCGGAGCGAAGUUACCAUGGAGAACACCAAUGGCCAGUUGUUGAUCAGCUCUUUGCAAGCCGUGAUGUUCCAGUCAUUCGUCAACAGAUCGCGUGCGUCUCCCCGUUGUGUACUUGCCGUGCGUCCAGUCACUGGGCUCCGACCACGAUAUACCAUUUGCGUCGCCGAACUCAACGCUGUCGCCACGAUGACGACAGUUGUCAGAGUGUCCACUUCCUUUCUAAAUGUCGGCCAGCCCGCUGGAGGAGGUGUCAGAGAAAAGGGCAUCACCUGCAUGAUACCUCGCGGCGAGUCCGAACGGCUCGCGUCCUUCACUUGUAUGGUGUUGCAAAAACCGGAGUUUGCGGUCCAGAUACGACAGGGGAUCGUCACGUUUUCGACAAACCGUGAGGUCAAAGAACCAUCGGACGAUGAACAAGACGACAAUCCCUGCUUCGCUACGGCUUCAACCCGUGCACCUUCGUCCGUCGGGCUAGUCGGGCGAGACCAGCUCGACUUCACUGAUACUGUUCCGAUAUACGAUGGGCGAAGCAUAUCGUGGUCGUACGAGCAAUGCAUGUCUCAUCUCGAAGAACUCCCGCGCUUCCCACAACCGGAAGUUCCUCACGAUUCCAUGGCGGUGGUGGGUUACAAUACCGUCUCGUUGUAA